CCAGGUUUUACAAGUACUACAAUAGUAAGUAUGCGUUCCAUAUUGUCGUUGUCGUAUAGAGUAUAGACGUUAAGUAUAUUUUGCUAAGCCAAGACUCAUCUGAGAGUUGAGACCAGAGAUAACUGAAUUGGAAAGGAGCAAUUGAAACGGUUCAUUUCAUUUAUUAUUUUAUACGAAAUUCAUUACCUCAACAUAAUGGAAGUAAAGGAUGAAAUAAUAGUGACUAUGUGGGCUUCCGAUUCAGAGUGGCAAUCGCUUAGGGAAGACAUAUUUGGCAAUAAAAACUACAAACAAGCUUUAAGAAAACUUUCACUUUGGAAAUCUAGAAGAAAAACAUUAUUUCGAGGUCUAGUUAUCACUGAAAUGCUUUUACAAGCCAUCAUUAAAGAUGUUAGUUUUAAUGAAGAUGCUGAACCCACCGACGAUCAUGAUUUAAUUCAAUCAUAUUCUAUAGCUAUAAUGAAGUUUAUCAAUUUGACAUCUGAUGUAAUGAUACCAGGUCCACAGAGGUCUAUGUAUUAUAGAGCGGCUCGUUUAGAUAUUCCUAAAUGGUUAGUUGAUAUGCGUCAUACAGUUUCUCAUGCCCAAGAUUUACCUAAUCUAGAAUCUUUAAGAUCAGCUGUAGGAUAUAUACUAGAAUGGAUAUUUAUAAAAUAUUGGAACGUAGAUGCUAAUUUUUUAAUUGUUGGGAAAAAAUCAAACAUGAAUGUUGUUGAAGAAUUUAUUGAGUUAUUGGAAUUCUAUAUGUUAAGCAAAAGUCAAAUUAGUUCUGACCUUAAAGAAAAACAAUUAAAUGUUUUGAGAGAGAAGUUAACACUGUCGGACUGUUAUUCAAACAAAGAAUGUACAAAGAAAAUGAAAGACCUUUUAGCAAAUAAGAGUUGGUCUUCAGAUUUAGUCAAUAUAUUUACUACAAAGUAUUUACUUCAAGCUCGCGAAUGCAAUGUUUCUAAAGGUAGAAUUUCCAAGACUGAUAAAACACUGUGGAAUGUUUUACUAAAAACAUUAAAUAACUGUGGUUUGAUGACAAAUGUAUUACAGUGUUUGGUUACUCAGCAUUCACGAAUUGCAGCUUUGUGGGUUUUGGAACUGUGUAUAAUUGCAUAUAAAAGCAGCAAAAAAAUUGAUUUCAAAAAUAAUCAAAACAACUGUAUGAACUGUAAGCCUUUGAAUUGGGAUACAAAUCUUGUUUUAAGAACUGCAUUGCAAUCACCACAUCCACACACAAUUAUAUUUUUAAAAUGGUUGUUACAAAUACAAUUGAAUCCAUUGAACAUAAAACAACAGUUCAACAUUGUCAAAUUAGUAUCAUUGUAUACAGGCAAAGUGAAGGUUAGCUCUAAAAAUAUUGAUCAUAAUAUAUUUACAGUUAAUGAUUUAAUUAGCAAAGGUGAUCAUCAAUCUCACUGGUCAAGAAUUAUUGGUCAGAUGAAUUGGAGACAAAUACCAUUUGGUACCACUCUGUGAACAUUUGCAAAUUGAUAAAAAUUGUACAUCCAAGAAACAUCAAGAUAUUUCUUUUCUUUUUAUGUGUUUUUUUAGUUUUUAUAAUUCACUAGAGCUAUGUCUACCCGUAUUAAUAUACUCUUAUUGCAUUUAAACAA